GCCAUCGAAAUUGAACGAACCCCAAGCUUUUUUCUUGUUAAAAUUUCAAGAAUCAAGAUCUCUUUGAAAUCUCCCAAAAAUGGCUCUCUUCUUAAACCCUAACCCUAGCUUCAUCCCCUCCUCUCCAAUGUCCGCCUCUGCGGCCGGCGGAAACCCUAGAUCCUUCAAGAAAUCGCCAUUUUCGAACGGUUACGGCCUCUCCUCAGCUCUCAUCCUCAAGUUCCCGCCGAAUUUCGUUCGCCAGCUCAGCAUCAAGGCUCGCCGGAACUGCGGCAACAUCGGAGUUGCUCAGGUCGUCGCGGCCUCUUGGGCCAACUCGCCGUCUGCCGAUGAGGAAUUGCAAAAGGUUGUGGAAUGUGAGUAUUGCGAGGUUGUAGAUAGUGUACAGAGUCAGAUCGGUGGUUUGGGAGCUGCGUUUAGCUCGGAUGCGAGCCUUUUGGUUCAUGCUGGAGAGAGAUAUGGACGCCGUCUGAAGACGGAUACGAUCACCACACCCAUUGUCAACACUUCUGCGUACUGGUUUAAGAACUGCGAUGAGCUGAUUGAUUUCAAGGAGGGUAGGCAUACAAGCUUUGAGUAUGGGCGAUAUGGGAACCCAACUACCGAGGUAUUGGAGAGGAAGAUGAGUGAACUGGAGAGGGCGGAAACUACUUUGUUUGUGUCCUCUGGCAUGUAUGCCAGUUGUGCGGUGCUCUCGGCCUUGGUUCCUGCAGGUGGCCAUAUCGUUACGACCACUGAUUGCUAUAGGAAGACAAGGAUGUUCAUUGAGAAUGAGCUUCCAAAGAAGGGGAUUAAGGCUACCGUUAUUGCUCCUGCUGAUAUGGGCUCUCUUGAAAGAGCACUGUGCGAAAAUGAAGUGUCUCUUUUCUUUACGGAGUCCCCAACUAAUCCAUUCCUCCGAUGCAUUGAUAUCAGGUUGGUUUCAGAGCUUUGCCACAGCAAAGGAUCUCUGGUUUGCAUAGAUAGCACAUUUGCCUCACCUGUCAAUCAAAAGCCCUUAACUUUGGGAGCUGACCUAGUCAUUCAUUCUGCAACAAAGUUUAUUGCCGGUCACAAUGAUGUGAUUGCCGGUUGUGUCAGUGGUUCAGAGGAAUUGGUUUCCAAAGUUCGCCAGUAUCAUCAUAUUAUUGGUGGUGUUCUUGAUCCUAAUGCUGCAUAUAUGAUCUCCCGAGGUAUGAAGACGAUGCACCUUCGUGUACAGUAUCAGAAUAGUAUAGCAUUGAGGAUGGCCCAGUUUUUAGAGGAACAUCCCAAGAUUUUACGUGUAUACUAUCCAGGACUGCCAAGUCAUCCAGAGCAUCAUAUUGCCAAGCAGCAAAUGACUGGUUUUGGUGGUGUGGUCAGUUUUGAGCUAGCUGGAGGCUUGUUGGAGACGGUAAAGUUCAUUGAUUCUUUGAAAAUACCAUAUCUCGCCCCUUCUUUUGGAGGUUGUGAGAGUAUAGUGGAACCACCGGCUAUUAUGUCUUACUGGGAUAGCAAUUUGGAUAGAGACAAGUAUGGCAUCGGUGAAAACCUGAUCAGGUUCAGUUUUGGAGUGGAGGACUUCGAUGAUUUGAAGGCUGAUAUAGCCAAAGGCCUAGAAGCCAUAUAAUGAUUUUAGGCUGAUGUUGCAAUUGUGAUGGAUUACUCUCUGCUUAUUGUAGCUGGACCUGAUCUUAUGAUUUUAUGUCAUUGAACUCUUCCUGUUGUUGUCUCUGGUAAAUGGCUUUUGUUGGUGGUC